AGUUCUCUGCUCAUCUUCUAAGAUAGCACUGCACAGUCUAUUCCUUCACCAAGUCAACAUGAAAGUGAUCGUAGUUCUCGCCGCCCUCGUGGCCAUAGCCUCUGCCGGUGCCAUUGACGCCGAAACAUACGUUGUUAAAGAACAGCCGCACAACAACAUCGGUAUCGGUGAUUACCAGUUCUCCGUCGAACAGAGCGAUGGCCAGGCUCGCAGCGAAGUUGCCACGGCCGCGGUGGUCCGUAAUCCUGAGACCAACGAGGACCACACUAUUCUCAGAGUCCAAGGCCAGUACAGCUACGUUGACCAGAAAACUGGCAAAUCGUUCGUUGUGUACUACACUGCCGAUGAAAAUGGUUACCACCCCCAGGGAGACCAUCUGCCCAAAUAA